CAUAAGCGGCAUUCUGAUGCAAACCCUUGCUGGGAAAUGGAGCUCUUAGUAAACAGAUCAGACUGUUAAGGUGAUAAACUACUGGAUUGUCUCAUUGAGGGAUUCAUUUUUUUCCACCUUUAUCAAAAUUUGGAGAGCUUGGAGGAAUCCAGAAGGGAUGUUAGUUAACCUGUUUCUACUGGACAGAAGGUCUUGGUGGAAAACAGAAACUCCCAGGCUUCAGUUGUUGAAGGAUGUGUUGCCAAUAGGAGGAUGGCAAGGCAGAUGUGAAGGCACUCAUGGCGAAAUUUAACACAGGUAACAGCCCCACAGAGGAUGUUUCUGGAAACGGUCGACCCUUCAAAGUCCCAGGACAACCUAUGCAUUCAGGAUUACAGGCAAGGAAAGCGGCACUUGAGAAAUUUGCAAGUCAAGGAAAUGCAGCUUCUCCUUCAGGACCGAGUACCUUUCACAAGCCUGUUCACUCUAAGCCUCCUCUGGGAGUCAAGCCUUCAGCUGAUGAUAAAACAGAAAAGGAUCCUAAGCCCCCAUAUCUGAAACCAGUGACACAAAGGUUUGGGGUUCAGCUUCAGGCAACUAACAGAGAAAACGAUGGAAAAGCUGGAUGCCCUAAGAUCCCCACCAAAUCCAGCGACUUGGCAAAAGAAGAGCCAAAGCCUCUGUAUCCAAAACCUCUAGGGAACAAGUUCCUUAACUCUGCUCCUCCAGAGAAAGAAAAAAAGCCUUUGGGACCCAAACCAAAUUUGAAUUUUGCAUCACAAGAGAAUGAGCCAACAGUAUUUUCAAAAGUAGCUGGAGUAAAAGAAAAGUUCACUGCUGCAGCACAAGAAAAUGAGCCAAAUCCUCCUUUCUCUAAACCACUUCUGGCACAGAAACCUUCUGUAAACCAUGAAGUCUCCUGUAAUGAAGACACUUCUAAUAGAAAUGCUUUUCUGCAUAAAGGACUAUCAGGCCCAAGACCAAAAAUAAGCUCAUUUAUAGCAGCAAAGGAAACGGAUGAAAAUAGUAACAGUGCUGCAGAAGCUGCAGGCAGUCAGUUUUCAAAUAUGGCUCUGAAACCCACUGGCAAUUGGUCCAGCUCAUCUCAAGUCACCCCCAAAAACGUGGAGGAAAAGCCUGAAGAAAAGGGAGUGAGUGCAGCCAAGAAUAUCUUUCUCAAUAAAGUCAAUCAGGAGCAAUUUGGUUCAUCUCCCUCCAAGUUCCUUAAGACGAACACUGCAUUUGCCGCAGGCAGGUUAUCAGGUGGGUCACAAGAAAAAGAGGAUGGAGACAAGUACUUGGCAACUCCUAAGCGGAAGGCUUUGCCCCCAUUGUUCACUCUGGGCCAGCCCCCACAGAAGCCCAGCAGACCCCCAAAUGUGGACCUGGAAAGGUUCAGGAAGAACAGCACAAGAGACAGCCCAAGAAAAGAAGGAUUUAAACAGCUAGUGCCUUCCUCAGCAGCACUCUCUCCACCUGUACCGCAGCCACACUCUACCAUGCAGUUACCACCUCCUCCACCAGCCUCUCACCCAUCACUGCAGGCCCCAGCGGCCCCAAGCCUGCCUCCCAGAAACAGCAAGCCCAGCUCUGAAACAACAAGUCCAGACAAUGAAGAAAAUUACGAUGAUGUUGAAUUUGAUUCCCAGAAUAAGAUGGGUCAUGGAAAUACAGAAGGGGGCCAAGAAAGUGCUGAAGAGAUGUAUGAAGACAUAAAUAACAUCAGAUCUACAUCAACAGAAAAAGAGAAGAAGCGAGACAAGGAAGAAAAGAAAAGAAUAGACCAAGAGAAGAAAGAACUGAAGGAAAAAGAAAAGAAAGAACAGGAAAUCAGGAAGAAGUUCAAAUUAAUGGGACCUAUCCAAGUCCUUCAUCAGGCACGAGCUUGUAUUGACUACAAGGGAGGAAAGAAUGAGCUGACUGUCAAACAGGGGGAUCAGAUUGAAAUCAUUCGCCUCACAGACAAUCCAGAAGGGAAGUGGCUGGGCAGGAUAAAAGGAUCUUAUGGAUACGUUAAAACAACUGUGGUGGAGAUUGAUUAUGAUUCUUUAAAAAGAAAGCAACAACCAGCCAUCAGAGCUGCCAUGAAACGUGCAGACAGUGACCAAGAAGUGUAUGAUGAUGUUGGAGAGCAGGACAGUAUUAGCAGUCAGAGCGGUGGUCAAAGUGGAACUGAAAUGAUGUUCCCGCCUCCUCCUUCUGAUCAAGAAAUUUAUGAUGGGAUUGAUGAUGAAGAUGUUAGUAUUAGGUCUGUAUCACAGGAUGAAGAUAAGAAUGAUAUCUGGUCCUGGGGAAUUUUCAAGAGGCUAAAGGUCAAAGAUGAUAAAAAGAAAAGUGUACGAGAAAAAGCCAAAGUCAAUGGGGAAGAAGAUAAUGGAGAUUCGUUUGUGACUUCUCCAACAAAGCAGUUUGGAAAAGAUUGUGGAGACAGUGAUGUUUAUGAUGAUGUAGAUUCCUCAGACUUCCCUCCUCCAUCAGCUGGACUCAAUUCAUCAAAACCAGUGAGCCUUGGAAAAGGUAAACCAGAUGAAAAAGGUGCACGAAAGUUUAAAAAGAUGGAAAGAGAAGAAAAAGAGUUCAGAAAAAAGUUCAAAUUUGAAGGUGAAAUUAGAGUUCUUUACUCUACCACCACAGUCCAGGAUUUGCCCCAGAGAAGAUGGGGAUCUAAAGACUUACAGGUUAAACCAGGGGAAUGUCUUGAAAUUAUAGAAAAUACAGAUGAUACCAAGGUCCUGUGCAGGAAUGAAGAAGGGAAAUAUGGCUAUGUUCUGAGAAGCAAUUUAGUUGAGAAUGAUGGAGAGAUUUAUGAUGAUAUUGGUGAUGGUUGCAUCUAUGAUAAUGACGAAUGCUGAAUUCUAUGAGUUUAAGAGCUUAAUUGAGGAUCAAAAUUUAUUUUGAACUUCCUAGUUGUCAAAGACAAAGAUCACCAAAGUUGGCUGGUUACAGGUUAAUUGGUUACACCCCUCUCUACAUGAACUAAGUUUGGUUGGCUUUUUUUUCAUAACUUCAGGGUUUUGUCAUCCGUUGCUUUGUAUGACAUUUUUAUUGCUAUUUAUCAGAGCAAUUAAAAUCCAGGGAAUAUGAGCUAAAGUUCAAGUUACCAUCUUCUGCUUCCUUUCUACAUUUGUCACAGUCCAUGUAAAAACAGUUCCUCAAUUAGCUAUUCCGAAAGAGGUCAAUUCAGUUCUGUGAAGGAUACAGAAGACAAUCAGCCCCGGUAACAGUUUUUUCUCCAACUCUUUUCUGUUAAGCACUAGAGACUGCCACUCUGGGGAAGACAGUAUCCUGAAAAGAAAUGCCUGUCUUUGGUGAUAGCAUCCUGUUGUGAAAACAGGAAAUAAAAAGUGGGUAUCACAGAAGACGCUAUAUUGCUGACCUGCCAUUGCAAUUGUAAUAGUGUUAGCUACACUGACAUGUACAGCCAUGCACCUUUAUUGCUGAAGUUUUAAGUUGCACUAGUAAUAGAAUAUAGUUUUCUAGAAUUUACUUAACUAUUUUGUGAGUUCUUUUUGACUACUAUUGAUAGAACAGCAGUGAGCAUAAGUUAUAUGUUACAUACAGCACUGAGAUACAUACCAUGGAAGAUUUUAAUUUAUAGUAUAUUGUUGGUCAGCAUAUGUUCAGAAUGUUUAGGCUAAGUUUUAAUUUUUGUUUAGUUUAAAGAUAUAUUGUUGUCACCAUAGUUAUUUGGCCACUAAAAUGGACCAAAAAGUUAUGAUAAACUGGUUGGAAAUAACUUCUAGAAUUAAAAAAAAAAAGGAUAUAUAUAU